CAAACACAAACGCUUCUCGAAAACCGUCGGAAUGCAAUCGAACUUCCAUUUCCUUUUCCUCUUUAUUUCUCUCCUCCUCCUUCCUCUCAUCUGCGCAGGCGCCAGUGCAAGCCUCAGAGUUGGAGGAUGGCAGCCAAUAAAGGAUCUGAAUGACUCGCACGUGAAGGGGAUUGCUGAGUUUGCGGUGACGGCGAUCAACAAGCAGUCUAAAACGAAUCUGAAGCUGGAUAGCAUUGUCAAGGGAGAACAACAGAUCGUUUCAGGAAUCAAUUACCGACUGAUUCUGGCCGUGAAAGAUGGAGUGCAGAGUAAGAGUUACGAGGUUACCGUAUGGGAAAAGUCUUGGGAGAAUUUCAGGAAACUCAUCUCAUUUAAACCUGCUAUAACUAUUUAGAAUGACGAAAUUUGUUCCCCAUCAAAAAUUUCUAUUAAGGUGGCCCCUUACCAUCUGUAAUUCAUGGUAGAAGUUCCAUGGCUCAAAAGAGCCACCAGUUUGGAUAUAUAGUUUUAAUUUUUAUGAGUCCAAAGUAUUUUAUAAACAUUUGAUAUUGUUUGAAUUGUAAAAUACUUUUUUUUUUCAUUUUAUAAAAGUUCUAUUUUUUA